UCCCUUCCUCUCUCUCUCUCUCUCCCCCCCCCCCUCUCUCAGCAAUAGAGAGAGGAAAGUAAAUAUAAGGAGGAGGUGGCUCGAAUCAGAAGCUGUCUGCGAACCGACGGACUGACCGAAGACUGAAAUAGAUCGAGAUUAAACAAGCGCCUGUUGCUUCCUCCUUCCCACCGCCCUGCCUUUCAGAUGCAAAGAUACUGCGCUGUUUAUAGGGGCGACUUGGCUCUCCAGAGCUGGCGACCACAGCACUCUGGGUAGAAUUGUAAGGACUCGGGAUAUUCCAGGAGAAGAAGUUUUACGUCAUUUCAUUCCCAAGUGGUUGAGUCGUGAUGUUGAGGUCAUGCCCUCUAGAUUCUCCAGAUAAAGGAAGCAAGCUCCCAUCAUUCCCUGUGUCAACCCAACAGCCAUAUAUUAGGUCAUCAACUCAUUCUUCACUCCAGUGGAUUUAGAAGCACACAGUGGAUUCACUUUUCCAUUCUCUGCACCAGCUCUGCUUCUUACUUGAUCGCAGCUGUGGUUGCCAGAGGUGCCACAGAGUGUGGGCUCCGUCGUGGAUUGGAGGAUUUCCAGGAUUAUGCCGGUGCCCCGGAAUGGAGCUGAGGAUCCUGCUCCUGCGGCACUCUGUCGCCAUGUGGCUGCUCCUACAAAGCUUUGUCCUGAUGAUCUUCUGCUUUAACUCAGCAACGACGUGUCCGAAAGGCUGCUACUGCUCGGACCCGGACAAGAAACUGACUGUCCGCUGCAGCGACAUGCACCUGAAGGAGGUCCCCAGGGACAUUCCAAACAACACUCGGAAGCUCUACCUUGAUUCCAAUCAAAUAACUUCCAUUCCGCAUGAGAUCUUCAAGAAUCUGCACGAGCUGGAAGAACUGGACCUGUCCAAUAAUGCCAUUCAGCACUUGGAGUUGGGUGCCUUCCGAGGGCUAAAUGAGAGCCUGAAGUUUCUGAACCUCUCCCACAAUAAACUGGUGACUGUCAACAAAGAAGUCUUCAGCAAACUGAAAGCAGUUAUUAAACUUUCGGACAACCCCUGGUUUUGUAACUGCGACCUGCAGGAAAUGAUCAAGACAGUUACUGUCAAGGUCGAGUCCACCAAUGACAUCAUCUGUGCAUCUGCUUACCCAGAGGAACACACAAAGAAAUCCUUCCUGGAGGUCGCCCACCACGUCAACUUCUGUAACUUUCAGAAAAAGACGACCGACGUGGCAAUGCUGAUCACCAUGUUUGGCUGGUUCACCAUGGUCAUCUCUUAUUUGGUGUACUACGUCAGGCAGAACCAGGAAGAUGCCAGGCGUCACCUUGAGUACCUGAAGUCGCUUCCCAGCAAGCAGAGGAAGUCAGAGGCAUCCUCCACCAUCAGCACAGUGGUGUAACAAUGUACUUCCAAUCCUUGCCACUGGGGUGUGUGGGGUGGGGGCAAGCUGACAUAAAAAACACAACUAUCUAUUGGCUCAUGAUCCAUGACACUGGAAAGGUGGAACUGGAAAGAUCAGUUCUUCUAGACCAGUGGAUCAUAACUCUGACCUCUUCUCCUGAUCUACCAAACUGAAUCAUUUAAAAAUUAGUUGCCAAAAGCAAAUAGUAAUGAAUUCACUGGAUUAUGGCAGUACAUUACACAGUACUGUACUCAGAUUAAGAGGUCACAGUCCAAUGUGUACUGUUGAUGACAUGCUCCUCAGAGCUAAGGAAAGAAUAAGGAAUUAGUUUGUAGCUGAGAGGAAAGAAGCCUGUGACUUCAAUGUGUCCUGAAAGAUAUUAUUUUGUUUUAACAGUCCAAGUUUAAUAACUUGGCCUCCUUUCUCUCCCAGUCUCUCUCCCCACUGUGUCCAAUCUGCAGGUAUGCUUCUGAAGGACAGACAAACAAGAUGACAAUAGCCACCCUGUGCAACCAGAUGUGCUCAUUUGAGGUUGUGGCUAUUUUAAGGUCUCUUUAUGGAAGAUCACACUGCAUCAGAGAUUAAAGAUUACACAGAAAUUAGCUUUAUUUGUCACAUACGCAUCAAAAUAUUGACAUGCAGUAAAAUGCGUUGUUUGCGUCAAUGACCAGCACAGUCUGAGAAGUGGUGGGGGCAGCCUGUAAGUGUCGCCAUGCUUCUGGCGCCAACAUAGCAUGUCCACAGUUCACUAACCCUACCCCAUAUGUCUUCGGAAUGUGGGAGGAAACCAGAGCACCCGAAGGAAACCCAUGCAGUCAUGGGUUUAACAUGCAAACUCCGCGGGAAUUGAAACCUGAUCUUACAGCUGGCGCUAAAAAGUGUUACGCUAGCCACUAUACGCUCUCGUGCUGCCCACCAAACAUCAAAGUAAUAAUUGGCUCUGAACGUGAUAUUGAUAGACGAUCUUAGACGCCGUAUGGCAAAUACUUUUAUCUUUCAUUAUAACUCCCAUCAUUUUACACAUUUUUGGCAGUCUGUUGGUCUAAUCUCUUAAUCAAAACAGCUGAAGGCCACAAAAUCAGAAACAGAAUCAGGUUUAUAAUCACUGACAUAUGUCACAAAAUUUGUUAUUUUGCAGUGGAUACAUAAAAUAUACUAUAAAUUACAAAAAUUAAAUUAAAUAUAUAUAUAAAAUAUAAAUAAGUAAGACAAAAAAGAGAGCAAAAAUAGUGAGGUAGUGUUCAUGGGUUCAUGGCCUGAUGGCUUCCCUAUGUCAUCUAACUUGUUUGAACCUUGCUUGCGCAGCUGACAAAUAGAGCAGAGACUCUACACAACUCUAUAGCCAGCUUCAUUUUGGCCAGCCUGAAAAGGGUGAUUAAAAAGUAGUGCUCAUGACAGAAGUGAUGCAGAGCUGGCCGUAUGAACCUGAGGCUGAGUUUAUGAACCAAUAUGCUAAAAGGACCUAGUGGGUCAUGCAGAAUCAAAACUCUUAUCCAGACACCUGUAUGACCUUGCAGUCCAGGAAGCUGCGACAUGCACACCCUCACCCACUGACUUGGUUUCAAAAUCAUGUUUGGAGAUAUUGAGGAAUGGGAUUAAAAGAAUGCUCCCUUUUGCACACAAAGAUAUCGCUGAAAACCAUGGAUCAUGACCUAAUACGUUUACUAUCUAAGGUCAUGGAAGUGAUCAGGUGCACAGAGCUCGCUCAGGCAAACAAGAAACGCAGACCUGUAAUGUCGGAUGGUAACUUAGGAAAGAGAAGUCGCAGGUGCAGCCAACAGCUUUGAACUUGGGAAGAGAAGCAGUAAGACAUUACCAUACCUGGAGCUGUUGCUACCUGGUGUUUCACUUGGUAAUUAAAUGUAACACAUUUAACCAAUGAGUUAUGAAGACAGAUUAGAACUAACCAAUAUACCCACUAACAAAUAGCAUUGGAAUGGUUUUCCUGUUCGCCUCUUGAGAGCGAAAGCACCAAGAUCGAAACAGCUCUGCUUUUAAAAGAAUUAACCAAACUCGCACCUUUAGAGAGCAAGAACCUUUGGCAUUAGUGGACUCAACUAACACUCCACAAAUGCAGAACAGAAGAUGAGCCUCACUAAUGAAGCUAUAGCCAGCAUGGUGAGGUAUAGGCUGCUGGAAUAAUUUGGGAAAAUUCAUCUUUGCUUGUUAGUGUUAAAUACUUGUGAGAUUUAUCAACUGUUGGUCCUAAUUGUCUCUUGACAUUCAGUUCCAUUGACUUUAAUGCAUAUAAAUGUGUGUAGUGCUGCUGACUCAAGGUUGAUUUCUCCACCUCAGCCUUUUCAGACUGAUCCCAUUAAAGGGAAUAGAACAAGGUGCUGAGUUCCUUCAUUACAGCAGUGAUUUCCUUUCAAGAUAUAAUUUCAUUAAGAGUAAACGGUGGGAAAACUUUGCUGGUCAAGGAACAACUUUUGAGGGGUGGUACUCUUUAAAAAAAAGGAGUAAGUAAGAAUUUCACAUUGAUGACUUUUGAUGACUUUUCAUCAGCUGUAAAAUGCUUUGGGGCAUUUCCAAACCAUAAAUGAUAUUAUUAUUUAAAUAAAUAUUCCCCCGUUUUAAUUGCUUUCACAUUUAAGAAUUAGUCUAGGUUUCUCCAAUGAGUUCAAAUUGCACCAUCUGGAUCUAAUGUGAUCUAAUAUUUCUGUGCUUACUGUAUAGUUUGUAAGGACACACUAGAAAAUGCAGCAUGAAAAUUUCUCAAUAUUGCACAAACUAUUUAUAAAAGUCAGACAUUGUACCUAACAUUGAGUUGCAGCCAUCCCCCUCAGUACCCCGCAACCAAUACUUCGGCCUUACAGUGAAAGAGUCUGUGAUUUUCAAAUUGUAUUUUUCAACCUAUGUAAUACUAAUUGGCUAAUCAAUAAAGUUUUUAAAGAUUCUA